AUGGCUGGUCGUCGGACUCCUCCUAAGCACACAUUGAUGGACUUCAUUCCUCCACCUCCAUCCAAUCCUCCUCCGCCCGCCGAUGUAGGUUACGAUGGUUCUUCACGACGUCAUUUGCCACGUAUGGUGAACAUGGAAGAUUCCUGUGAUUCCAUUUCGGAUGGAAUGACCUUUGGAGAUGACGUUAAAGUUAGGCUAACAAGAAUUCGUCCGCAAAAGGGCAAUCGAGAUGAUGAUAGCCAACGCUCAUCGUUGAUAAUGGAUGAAGAUGUGUCGUCGUCGGAAGCCGAUGGUGAGACAUCGGAUUGUGAGGUUCCUAAACGGAAAACGGUACCGCGAAUGGGUGUGUCUGCGAGUGCACUUUCAUAA